UGAACACUGUGCUUACCACCAAACUGAAGGGACCAGGAUGCUGAGACUUCAUCUCGAUUUAAUGCUUGUCAGCGUUCUUGGAGUUUCUCUGCUGGCUGAUGGCGCUAACAUACGAUUUGCUGGUGGCAAUCACUCCUGCUCUGGUAGAGUGGAAGUAUAUUAUAAUAGCCAGUGGGGAACAGUGUGUGAUGACGACUGGGACAUGAAUGAUGCGCGGGUGGUGUGUCGACAGCUUGGAUGUGGUGAUGCUGUCACUGCUCAUCAAAGUGCACACUUUGGUCAGGGAAGUGGCCCAAUAUGGCUGGAUGAUGUUCGGUGUUCCGGAAAUGAAAGCAGCAUCACACAGUGCCCUCAUAAUGGAUUCGGAUCACACAACUGUGGCCAUGGUGAAGAUGCUGGUGUUACUUGCUCAGAUGGCGCUAACACACGACUCGCUGGUGGCAAUCACUCCUGCUCUGGUAGAGUGGAAGUAUAUUAUAAUAGCCAGUGGGGAACAGUGUGUGAUGACGACUGGGACAUGAAUGAUGCGCGGGUGGUGUGUCGACAGCUUGGAUGUGGUGAUGCUGUCACUGCUCAUCAACGUGCACACUUUGGUCAGGGAAGUGACCCAAUAUGGCUGGAUAAUGUUCAGUGUUCCGGAAAUGAAAGCAGCAUCACACAGUGCCCUCAUAAUGGAUUCGGAUCACACGACUGUGGCCAUGGUGAAGAUGCUGGUGUUACUUGCUCAGGCCCUCCUUGUGCCACCAAAAAAGCUCUGACCCAUCAAAGCAUGGACUUCACAAAACCUCUGAAGAAACUCCGCCUCUUGAGAUGUUUGAGAAAAAAGGUUUGUUAUGAGAAGACGGCAGCAGUGGACACUGGAAUUAGCGCCAAAGCGAACAACACCUCAAGGAGCAGGAUGCUGAGAGAUCGUCUCACUUUAACACUUGUCAGUCUUCUUAGCGCUUCACUGCUGGCUGAUGGCGCUAACACACGACUCGCUGGUGGCAGUCACUCCUGCUCUGGUAGAGUGGAAGUAUAUUAUAAUAGCCAGUGGGGAACAGUGUGUGAUGACGACUGGGACAUGAAUGAUGCACGGGUGGUGUGUCGGCAGUUUGGAUGUGGUGAUGCCGUCACUGCUCAUCAAAGUGCACACUUUGGUCAGGGAAGUGGCCCAAUAUGGCUGGAUAAUGUUCAGUGUUCUGGAAGUGAAAGCAGCAUCACACAGUGCCCUCAUAAUGGAUUCGGAUCACACAACUGUGGCCAUGGUGAAGAUGCUGGUGUUACUUGCUCAGGACAUAAUCCAAUCAGGCUGGCGAAUGGAUCGAGUAACUGUUGUGGUCGAGUGGAGAUCCAGCACGGUAGGCUUUGGGGAACAGUGUGUGAUGAUGACUGGGACUUAAAGGAUGCAGAGGUGGUGUGUAGACAGCUUGGAUGUGGUAAAGCCGUCAGCGCUCCUCAUAGUGCACGCUUUGGUCAGGGAAGUGAACCGACCUGGCUGGAUGAUGUUCAGUGUACUGGAACUGAGAGCUACAUAGAUCACUGCUCACACAGUGGAUUUGGAAAGGAGAACUGUGGACAUGGGGAAGAUGCUGGAGUCGUAUGCUCAAACUUGCAGGCUCCCACAUUGACUCGGAUCUCCCCAAACUCUGUGGUCUCACCUGGAGAAGUCCUUCAGUUCAGAUGUACCACACCCAGCCCAACGUGCACCUCUGUAGACUUCAGUUUAUAUAAAAAUGGGACAUUAAUAAAGAAGCAAACUGCAGAGUCCACAGCAACAUUUUCGCUGACUGUAGAUGCCUCACAUCAGGGUCAGUACACCUGUGACUACUCAUACAGGGAAAGUAACUCCAUAUCAUCCAGGAGCAGCUCCAUUCCCAUCACUGUGGGACAUAAUCCAAUCAGGCUGGCGAAUGGAUCGAGUAACUGUUGUGGUCGAGUGGAGAUCCAGCACAGUAGGCUUUGGGGAACAGUGUGUGAUGAUUACUGGGACUUAAAGGAUGCAGAGGUGGUGUGUAGACAGCUUGGAUGUGGUAAAGCCGUCAGCGCUCCUCAUAGUGCACGCUUUGGUCAGGGAAGUGAACCGACCUGGCUGGAUGAUGUUCAGUGUACUGGAACUGAGAGCUACAUAGAUCGCUGCUCACACAGUGGAUUUGGAAAGGAGAACUGUGGACAUGGGGAAGAUGCUGGAGUCGUAUGCUCAAACUUGCAGGCUCCCACAUUGACUCGGAUCUCCCCAAACUCUGUGGUCUCACCUGGAGAAGUCCUUCAGUUCAGAUGUACCACACCCAGCCCAACGUGCACCUCUGUAGACUUCAGUUUAUAUAAAAAUGGGACAUUAAUAAAGAACCAAACUGCAGAGUCCACAGCAACAUUUUCGCUGACUGUAGAUGCCUCACAUCAGGGUCAGUACACCUGUGACUACUCAUACAGGGAAAGUAACUCCAUAUCAUCCAGGAGCAGCUCCAUUCCCAUCACUGUGGGACAUAAUCCAAUCAGGCUGGUGAAUGGAUCGAGUAUCUGUUGUGGUCGAGUGGAGAUCCAGCACGGUAGGCGUUGGGGAACAGUGUGUGAUGAUGACUGGGAAUUAAUGGAUGCAGAGGUGGUGUGUAGACAGCUUGGAUGUGGUAAAGCCGUCAGCGCUCCUCAUAGUGCACGCUUUGGUCAGGGAAGUGAACCGACCUGGCUGGAUAAUGUUCAGUGUACUGGAACUGAGAGCUACAUAGAUCGCUGCUCACACAGUGGAUUUGGAAAGGAGAACUGUGGACAUGAGGAAGAUGCUGGAGUCGUAUGCUCAAACUUGCAGGCUCCCACAUUGACUCGGAUCUCCCCAAACUCUGUGGUCUCACCUGGAGAAGUCCUUCAGUUCAGAUGUACCACACCCAGCCCAACGUGCACCUCUGUAGACUUCAGUUUAUAUAAAAAUGGGACAUUAAUAAAGAACCAAACUGCAGAGUCCACAGCAACAUUUUCGCUGACUGUAGAUGCCUCACAUCAGGGUCAGUACACCUGUGACUACUCAUACAGGGAAAGUAACUCCAUAUCAUCCAGGAGCAGCUCCAUUCCCAUCACUGUGGGACAUAAUCCAAUCAGGCUGGUGAAUGGAUCGAGUAACUGUUGUGGUCGAGUGGAGAUCCAGCACAGUAGGCUUUGGGGAACAGUGUGUGAUGAUGACUGGGACUUAAAGGAUGCAGAGGUGGUGUGUAGACAGCUUGGAUGUGGUAAAGCCGUCAGCGCUCCUCAUGGUGCACGCUUUGGUCAGGGAAGUGAACCGACCUGGCUGGAUAAUGUUCAGUGUACUGGAACUGAGAGCUACAUAGAUCACUGCUCACACAGUGGAUUUGGAAAUGAGAACUGUGGACAUGGGGAAGAUGCUGGAGUCGUAUGCUCAAACUUGCAGGCUCCCACAUUGACUCGGAUCUCCCCAAACUCUGUGGUCUCACCUGGAGAAGUCCUUCAGUUCAGAUGUACCACACCCAGCCCAACGUGCACCUCUGUAGACUUCAGUUUAUAUAAAAAUGGGACAUUAAAAAAGAAGCAAACUGCAGAGUCCACAGCAACAUUUUCGCUGACUGUAGAUGCCUCACAUCAGGGUCAGUACACCUGUGACUACUCAUACAGGGAAAGUAACUCCAUAUCAUCCAGGAGCAGCUCCAUUCCCAUCACUGUGGGACAUAAUCCAAUCAGGCUGGCGAAUGGACCGAGUAACUGUUGUGGUCGAGUGGAGAUCCAGCACGAUAGGCUUUGGGGAACAGUGUGUGAUGAUGACUGGGACUUAAAGGAUGCAGAGGUGGUGUGUAGACAGCUUGGAUGUGGUAAAGCCGUCAGCGCUCCUCAUGGUGCACGCUUUGGUCAGGGAAGUGAACCGACCUGGCUGGAUGAUGUUCAGUGUACUGGAACUGAGAGCUACAUAGAUCACUGCUCACACCGUGGAUUUGGAAAGGAGAACUGUGGACAUGGGGAAGAUGCUGGAGUCGUAUGCUCAAACUUGCAGGCUCCCACAUUGACUCGGAUCUCCCCAAACUCUGUGGUCUCACCUGGAGAAGUCCUUCAGUUCAGAUGUACCACACCCAGCCCAACGUGCACCUCUGUAGACUUCAGUUUAUAUAAAAAUGGGACAUUAAUAAAGAAGCAAACUGCAGAGUCCACAGCAACAUUUUCGCUGACUGUAGAUGCCUCACAUCAGGGUCAGUACACCUGUGACUACUCAUACAGGGAAAGUAACUCCACAUCAUCCAGGAGCAGCUCCAUUCCCAUCACUGUGGGUUAGUUCAGAGAGGAUAUUACAACCCCGAGUCCAAAAAAGUUGGGACAAAGUACAAAUUGUAAAUAAAAACGGAAUGCAAUAAUUUACAAAUCUCAAAAACUGAUAUUGUAUUCACAAUAGAACAUAGACAACAUAUCAAAUGUCGAAAGUGAGACAUUUUGAAAUUUCAUGCCAAAUAUUGGCUCAUUUGAAAUUUCAUGACAGCAACACAUCUCAAAAAAGUUGGGACAGGGGCAAUAAGAGGCUGGAAAAGUUAAAGGUACAAAAAUGAACAGCUGGAGGACCAAAUUGCAACUCAUUAGGUCAAUUGGCAAUUAUUCCAUUGUCAUCCCUGUCCAUUUGUGACUCCUGAUCGGGUUCUGGUUCUGCCAGGUAGGCAUGCCCUGUCAGUCUUGGCAUCACUUUGUAUUCUGCACAAGCAUGGUUUAAUAUAUGAAAAAAGAAGGAAUCCAAGGCACUCUUCGUAUCCAACUGUAUAAAAAGCCUUUAUUUUACAUGGCUAUUUCAUCCAGAAAACAUGAGCUGAGCAGCAACCCACGCGUAGCGGCACAGACAGCCUUCUUCAGGGCAUGCUGCUCCAACAAACAAUUUCCUCUUAAGAUGUAAACUAAUUUUAAAUACCUGAAUGCAAACUGGGGCGGCAUGGUGGUGUAGUGGUUAUCACUGUCGUCUCACAGCAAGAAGGUCCGGGUUCGAGCCCCGUGGCCGGCGAGGGCCUUUCUGUGCGGAGUUUGCAUGUUCUCCCCGUGUCCGCGUGGUUUCCUCCGGGUGCUCCGGUUUCCCCCUGUUGGGGUCAAAUUUUUUUAUAUGGAGAUUAUGAUCAGAAUAUGAAUCAGAAUCAGUAGGUUGAAUAAAGAUAUAGGUAUAUGUAGUAUGUAGAAUCUUAGUGAAAAAUAUUAAUUCUCCUUAUUCUGAUGAAUACACCAAACGACCUUAGUCCGGCCGGGCAUUGGGCAAUGUUUGGGAACAUUUUGUUUAUGAAUGUGUAUUUUGAAUGUGUAUUUUGAAAACAGAGUCUGAAGGUCUGUCUUAGUGUCAGACCACACUCAGAAAUAGUAGACUUAAAGUUCACGAUCAUGCUUAUUCAUUCAGUUGAAUCUUAGGUCAUGGCUUCAUAAAGGCUAUGAAAUAUACUGAAAUAUAUUGAAAUAUACUAUGGUAAUGAUUAAUGUUAGUUUUAUAGAUCCCGUAAUUAAUGAUUAAUUCCGUGAUUAAUGUUAGUUUCAUAGUUCUAGAUUAGUUUCAUAAUUAUAAUUAAGAUCUUAUGAUUCUAAGGAUUUUUAGUUUAAGAGCAUUAACCUAAUUUAGUUAUAAGUUUAAUCCUGUUAGUGGUUUAAUUGUUCUCUCUCUAUCAGACAUAUUCUCAUUGUUCUUGUGGUUAAGUUGUUCUUAUUUUUUUUUAUGUUUAUCCUCUUACAAUAUUCAUUAUUAAGAGCAUUUGUUAUUUUACUUAUGUUGAUGGAAUCAAAAUAAUCAAGAUGUAAUUUACUGACAUUUACAUUCAUGUGUUCAGAAUUAUUCAUGUUAAUUAUAAGAAUUAUUCAGAUCCUUUCUGUGCAAACUGUGUGCUGUUGACCUUCUACAGUGUCUAUGUUUAAACAUUCCAAGAAUCAGACAUAUCUGUACCUUACUGUCAGCAAAAAUAUGUUAUUAUAUUAUGAUCAUUACACAUUACAUAGACACACACUCUACAUAGACACACACUCAUUACACACACACACACACACACACACACACACACACACACAUGAAGACAAAACAUAAACAUAGCAACACUAUAAUACAGUCCCACAAAUGUUUUCAUUCUGACGAAGCAAGCGAAUAAACUGACAUGUGAACAACCCA